AUGUGCGCCCUCUAUCGCAAUCGCUCGCUGGCCGAUCUCCAUCUGAACCGCUAUGAUGCCACGGUUCUGGAUGCUUUCAUGUCGACGACAAACGGCAGGGAUGACACAUCUAAAGUCAAAGACGCAGAAGCCUGGUUCCAUCGCGGUCGUGCUAACUAUCAGCUUGGCCACUACGCUGACGCUCUCAAGGCUUUUGAGCGUGUGAUCAUCCUUGCUCCACUAGACCUGGAAGGCUACAAAGAGCUCAAAAAGACAAAAGUGCGUCUCUUGGAGCAGCAGGAAGGAGCAUUCGACUUUGCAGAGAUGAUCGGCGAAGUCUCAAAUAACGGCUGCUAUGCCGACCGCGCCGGCUUCACUUCAAGAACAGAAGUGCGCCAGACGCAAGACCGUGGCCGUGGACUAUUCGCUGCCAAGGACAUCCGCAUGGGCGACUUGAUUCUGUGCGAAAAGGCUUUCUCGGCCGCACAUCCAGAUGAACACACACCAAAGUCGACUUUGCCAGUGUGGCUUGACAGCGUUCAAAAGGCAAUCGACAACCCGUCGCAGAGCAAACACCUUCUUGGUCUAUACGCAGGACAACCCAGUACCUCGCUGAUCUCUGCUCCAGUCAUCGAUGGCAAUCCUGUGGUCGACACUUUCAAGGUCUCCAAGAUUCUCGACCUGAACGGCUUCAGCUAUACUGUGGGUCGCGAAUCGCAGGCGUACGGCACCUCGGCAACGAUGACCAAAACAAGUCCCAAAUCGACUGGCUUGUGGAUACACAUCGCCAACGCCAAUCAUGCUUGCUUGGCGAAUGCUGUGAGAAGUUUCGUUGGUGAUAUGAUCAUUCUCAGAGCCGCCGAAGACAUCAACAAAGGCGAAGAGAUCACCAUCUCCUAUCAAAUACCAGCACCACUUCUAGGAGAACGUCAAAAGGUUCUUUUCGGCUCCUGGGGCUUCCAUUGCAAUUGUCUUCUCUGUACAUCGGAGGCGAGAUUUGCGGUCGAAAUGCAGACUCUCGCUGAGCAUAUCGAGACUUGUAUGGCAUUCAUGGGAGACAGAACCUUGACCGAUAUUCUUGCUGUCGAUGUAGAACUGAUUGCAAUGGCUGAGAUUGUGGCGGAGGACCUCGAAGACGUCUAUGCUGAAAACUUGGCGCGUCGGCUGCCGUGCUUGGGAAUGGUUGACGUCUGGCAGUGGCUUUCUCAGACAUACUGCCAGAAACGCAACAGAAGCCAGCUCAAGCGCAGUGCCACCAAAAUCCUUGAGAGCUACGGCUAUUGGACCACCGUGCAAGGCUCUCACGUGAGCAUGGACGCUACGCAUGGUAUCCCCAUGGUUGGAGUUGUGGACGGCUUGAUAUAUCUGUCUAUUGUGGCCGAAGGAGAGCAGAAGAUUGAACUCAGCCAAGAGUUCAAGGCCUGGGCCAGGAAGAUCUACGAGAUCGUUAACGGAAACAUGAUGGGCUUCGAAUUGAAGUACUGA